UGAAAAUGUCCAAAUUUUAGGAAUUUAGAAUUUUUCCGAUUCUAGAAAGUUUCCAUAAAGCUCUAGAAACAAGGCUUUUUACUGUAAAGAGGCUUGAAGAAAAGAGUAGUAUAUAAAUUCUAUGCAUGUGGAAAUUCGUACUUACACUUCAUUUUCUUGCCACUUCUUUUAACAGUUACUCUACUUUACAUAGCGAACAACACCAACACCGCCUCCCACUACUUUAACGACGGUAACUUUGAUCGGAAUAUGGAUAUUCCGUCACCGGCGGUUGGUUGCGCCGUUUGCGGCAAAGUUACAUCUAAGCAAUGCUCACGUUGCAAGAAGGUUAAAUACUGUUCUGAAGCUUGCCAAAGAUCCCAUUGGAAUUCGGGGCACAAGUCUAUCUGUAGAGAUUUUCGAUCAUCUGUUAAAGGUAGUUCUGAGCAAUCAGUAUCGACUUUGCAAAGGAGGAAGUCUUUUGCCAUUUCGCUUGUUCCUUCUAGUGGAAAAACUAAGAUACUAAACCAGCCAAAGAAGGUACUUUUUCCAUAUGAAGAAUUCUUGGAAUUCUUUUACUGGGACAAUCCAGGCUUCCCUCCUUGUGGACUCAUAAAUAGUGGUAACAGCUGUUUUGCUAAUGUGGUUCUGCAAUGUCUAACACACACUAAACCACUUGUUGCCUACUUAUUGGAGAAAGGCCAUCGAAGAGAAUGUAGAUUGAAUGGUUGGUGCUUCCUUUGCGAAUUUCAACUCCAUGUUGAACGGGCUAGCCAGGGUAGGCAGCCCUUUUUAGCAGUUAGCAGACUAUCACGGUUGCCUAAUAUUGGUGGUAAUCUUACUUGUGGAAAGCAGGAGGAUGCCCAUGAGUUUAUGAGGUUUGCUAUUGACACAAUGCAAUUGGUGUCCCUUGAUGAAUUUGGCGGAGAAAAGGCUGUACCUCCUAGCACUCAGGAAACAACUCUUAUUCAGCAUAUAUUUGGUGGUCAUCUUCAAUCUCAGGUCAUAUGUACAAAAUGCAAUAAUCUCUCGAAUCAGUUAGAGAAUAUGAUGGAUCUGACCGUAGAGAUUCAUGGGGAUGCUGAAUCUUUGGAGGAAUGCUUAGAUCAAUUCACUGCUGAAGAGUGUAUGGAUGGUGAAAAUAUGUAUAAAUGUGAUAGAUGCAAUGAUUAUGUCAAGGCAUGGAAGUGGCUAAUGAUCCGGAAGGCACCAAAUAUCCUAACAAUUGCUUUGAAAAGGUUUCAGAGAGGUCGGUUUGGCAAACUAAAUAAGAUGGUGACUUUCCCUGAAACUUUAGAUCUUUGUCCUUACAUGAUUGAAGCAGGAGAUGGCAAUGAUAUUUUCAAGCUGUAUGCAGUGAUUGUUCAUGUGGAUGUGUGGAACGCAUCAUAUUUUGGUCAUUAUAUCUGCUACAUCAAGGAUUUCAGUGGGAAUUGGUAUAGGUUUGAUGACAGUAAGGUUGUUAAUGUAGAUAUUGAUGAGGUGCUUUCACAGAGAGCAUACCUGCUGUUAUAUAGCAGGAUUAGUGCCAGGCCGACAUCCUUAUAUCCUCUUGAAUCAUUAAAUAAAGAAGACCGUGAUAUAGUCAAAGCGGAAGUCAAGAAGCAUUCCCCACUUCAACCUGUUGAUUGUCAUAACACAAUGGUGUCUCCUGCUAUAUGUGUUGAUUCUGGUUCAUUGCCAACUGAAAAUAAUUCAGAGAUAAAGGUUGUCAGGGCCAAAGAGGGCUUGUCCUCAAUUACUAACUCUGAGGGUGGAAAGGAGGAUCAAGAUAUGGUGGAAUCUGGGGCAAGUCGUUUUGUCUUGCAGGAAGUUCAGGAUGUUGGAGUAUCCAGUGCAGAAAUACAGAAACCUGAAGGGCGAGUCCUUAUUUCUGACAUUGAGGAAAAAACUGAGACAUGUGAAGGAACCAGCAAUGAGCCUCUAUUAGAAAGUUUGAGUGAGGAUUCUGUAGACACAAAUGAUGAAAUGCAGUAUGAUGCUUCUGCGUCUCCCUCUGCCUCAAGCUCAUCUGAAAUUUCAGAAGACAUGGAGGUCGACAAUUCCACUCUUUUGCUGGAGAAGGCUAACAGCGAAAAAGAAUUUUCAUCUCAAGGCAUCCACGAUGUGAUCCAGAAAACAGAUGGAUGUACUCCUCCUGGAAAAAAGUUAAAGCCACUGUUAACCCCUGGUUUUCUUGGGAAAUGCCCACGGGACGAAUGUGCUAGGAAGGAAGUCACAGGGGAAGUCUGUCAGAAUAGCACUCUUUCUGGUCCAACGAAUGCAUGUGCAGAGAUGGGCUUGUCUUGUGAAAGUCGUGAUGCAGCGGGCAACGAGCAUAAGUCUGAGGAAGAAAGUUCACCAUCUAGUAAUGCUGUGAAUGAACAUACUGAAACGACACUUGGCAAGAUUUAAUUCUCUGAUCUGCGUAAUUGAGCAGCCUGUUCAGAUGUUGGACAUUAUUAAACUAGGAUAUCAUGAUGACAGAAAACUAGAUGUCCUGUAAUCACGGGCCUUAUAUCAGGUUCUAAUUGUAGUUUACGAUAGUAUAGGAGAUUAAAGUUGUAUAGAUAGAAUAAUUCUGAUUUACAAUAGUGUUGGAGAUCAAAGUUGUAUAGAGAGAAAUAACAAAGUGUAGCAUUCUUUUCCUUGUCGUAAUAUAGAGGAAAACAUGAGAGGAUUUAUAAGUUCUGAGAAAUUGUGGUCCACAAUUUGGACUCUGCUUGAUACUUGACUCAUUGUUAAUUG